ACCGAUGCUGUGUAUUUUCAAAGUACAAGCGACAGCCAUAAACAUACACUCAAUCAGUCGUCAUCAUCAUCAUCAUCUGAUCAUGACCUUGCUUUUCCCUUGGCGCACAGCUUUACUGCUGUGUUUGUGGUGCAGCCGGCCAUCAUCAUCAAACAACAAGUCAGACCUUCGAACAGUCCGUCCAUCUGCAGAGUCCGAAAGAACACACAAAGGCUUGAGAAUGUGCGAUGAAGAAAUGAAAGAGAAAAACAAUCAAAUCCUUGAAAAACGCCAGUGCGCUUGUUCCCCGACUCCAAAGGAAGAAAGAUGCAGCCCCCAGAUUUCCUUGGCUCCUGCGUCCCAUCCCCGCUCCAUUGUGUAUCUCUCUCUUGUGUGUGUCUCUCUGUCUAUAUCACGACCUGUUCGUGAUAACCAUGGGAAUGAUAUCUCACAUACUCUCUCCACUCUGGACCAUCGCGGGCCUUCCGUCUUCACAACUGCCCGUAGCAAGGAAUAGCGGCGGGCCCGAAAUGUGACGAGUCAGAGACUUCAAAUGCAAUGGUCGGCCGAGCCAGACCUUAUCCACCCGUGGACGAUUUAUAGGCGGAACCAAAAACCCACCACCAGCCCAGCCAGCCAGACAGAUAUGAGAAUCGAAGGACGAAGAAAGAAGAAAAGAAAAAAAAACCACCAUAUCAUAUCCAUGCAAGACAAGGUAAU